AACAGUGGGUGGAAGCAGGCUGAAAUCUGUUUUUGUAAAGAAAGGAAAGAAAGAAGUGGAGACAGAAUUUUAUGUUUUUGCAGGCGAACCUUAAGAUGUGGUCCAGUUUGAUGAUGCUGUUUCUCUGUCUCUCCCAAACAGAGCCAGUCAAAGUCUGGGAUCAGCAGCAGACAGAUGGCUCCUACAGUGUAAUCCCACAGCAGCGUGAAGCGUUAACUGCUGGCUACAGAGACCGAAGAUCUUUUUCGGGCAGGACAAGCAGGACAGUUCUGGGUGGAGGACUCACUAUCAACACAUUGCCAAACAACAUGACACAUGUAGUGGAGGCCUCUAGCAAGUACUACACAUGGCAAAGCUUUGGCCCUGAGGACCAGCGAACGCAGGACCUGUGGUUUGACAUGAACGACGUCCGGCAUGGCCAAGUCAGAGUCCACAGCAUUCUGUCAAAUUCACAUAAACAGGCUGUGAGAGUUGCCCUGUCUUUUGACUUUCCUUUUUAUGGACAUUACCUGAAGCAGAUUACCAUUGCAACAGGAGGAUUCAUCUUCACCGGGGAUGUUACUCACCGUAUGCUGACCACCACACAGUACAUUGCCCCUCUGAUGGCUAAUUUUGACCCCAGCCACUCUAAAGAUUCCACCGUUCAGUACCUGGAUAAUGGAGAAGUGUUUGUGGUCCAGUGGGAGCGCGUCAGACUUCCAGGCAAAGAGUCGGAAGGAGCCUUUACGUUUCAGGCUGCUCUUUAUAAGACAGGAAGAAUCACAUUCAGCUACAGAGACAUCCCUUUGUCACUAGACGAGAUCGGAUCAGCCGAACAUCCAGUUAAGGCCGGCUUGUCAGAUGCCUUUUUGGUCAUGUCACCCACUUCUCAAUCACCAGAUGGAGCUCAGCAAACAAUCUAUGAGUACCAUCGAGUUGAGAUCAGCAUGACAAAGAUAACCAACUUAUCUGCUGUAGAGCUCACACCACUACCCACCUGCCUCCAGCAUGACAGCUGUGAAUACUGCCUCUCCUCCAACCGAACCUCUGGUUGCAGUUGGUGUAACGUUCUCCAGAGGUGCUCGGAUGGCAUGGACCGACACAGGCAAGAAUGGUUGGAUUAUUCCUGUUCGGAGGAGAGCAAAGACGCAACUUGUGAUGAUUACUUCAGGGAGGACGGUUUCACGGGUUCCUCCGUUGCACCAGAGACAGAGCACAUGACACCUUUGACUCCAGAACAAAGAGGCUGUAAAAGUGAUGAUCAGAUUUUCAUGUCGGGCAGCGAUGUGAAAACAGAGUCUUCAACCAAGAGUAAAGGAUUAUCUCACACUGGCAUCAUAGCUGGUAUUGCAACUGCUCUAUUUUUACUCUUGGCUUUGAUACUUGUUGCCGUUUACAUCCACUGCUAUCCCACCGGCUCAUCACCGCUUUGCCUCAUCCAGAGACGCAAAAGCUACUGGCCAUCCAUGAAGUUCCAACAGCAGCUACCAGGAUACACAGAGGUGGAGGGAGAAGGUCAUGAAAAAUACAGCAUUGUUGAAGCUGGACCAUGCUGAAAUCAGAAAACAAAGUGCUCUCAUGCCUAAAAUCUGUGCACACAGAUACUUUUUACAAUAAAGUUUUACUAUGAAACACUGUGAUAUGUUAGUUUCCACAACCGAAAAACAUUUAUGAUAUUUUGGAACAGUGUUGCUGAGUUUUAUACGACAUUUAGUAACAAUUAGCCAACAUUUUCACACUGAUCAGUUUCAAAUAAAAGGUACUGCCCGAAAAUAUGUAUACCUAUGCCAGCAGUCUUAUAAAUUUAAGUGUGCUCCUCUUUCACCGAUCCAAUAAAGAACUGGGAAAAGUGAA